UAGUUCCAUCAGACGAACUGAUUCACACUAUUAUUUACAACAAUGUCGAAAAAAAAGUUUGAUCACGAACCUGUUUCCGUUUCACUUUCACAGAAUGGAAAUGAAGAAUACAACCUGACAACUUUUAAUGGAGGUAUAGCAGGAGGCAAAUCUAGUGAAGAAUGUUUUAUACAGGCAUUAGAUCGGAUUAAACUUAACACCGAUUUAAUCUUUUUGCAGGAAUUGCCAAAUAGUAAGAAUUGUUUAACGUCGGUAAAUGAGGAAUAUUUUGCUCAAAGAGAUCAAGACACAGCAAUACUAGCGAAAAGGUCGAGGUUUUCAGUGUUUAUGUCUAAUUUCGAAAAAAAGAAAGGAAAGGAUUUUGAAAACGCAAAAUACAUUUUAAAUGAAGAAAUACGUAACCGUCAGAGUACCGUAUAUAUGACAGAUAAGAAAGGACAUGGCUUAGUAGCAAUUUCAUGGCAUGGCAGAUAUAAGAUAAACAAAACAGACAAGAAAGUCGAUUUUUUUCGUCUUCUGUUAUAUGCUAAAGAAAUAAGGGAAAUCUUUACAGCUGCAGUAAUCAUUGGUGGUGAUUUCAACUUCAGCGCGAAAACAGCAUUGGCAAUUAUAAAUGAAAAAGACCAUUUUAGUUUACAUGCUGCAGAUGCAGAAAAACGGGAACGUGUUGUAGAUUAUUUUAUAUUUUUGCCUUUAGUGGUGUCACUAUCAAAAGCAGUAGCAAUUGAUAUUAAUACAAAACUUCUGACAAACUUUUAUACCAUGAACGUAAACAGUCCAAACACUUCAGCAACGGCUACUGAAUCUCCGCCAGAUCCACCUGUUGGCGCAAGUGCAGAGUCACUCAACCACAACAAGAGGAAGAACAACAAACCAUUACAAAGUUAGGCUGCUGAUGAUGAUAGACGAUGUCGAUAAUAAUGCUGGACGACGUUGAUUUCGAUCAUGAACAUCGAUGGAAUUUGUGGUGGCAAUCAAGACGUUUAUUUGAUCGGAGGAUAAACGUAUGUAUCCGACGCAAGAAUGUAUAAAUAACUGCAUUUAAAAAAUGAUCCUUUUUUUUUGGUGGCGAUUUAAUAAGGCUCGGAAACACUUUAAAAUUGGUAUAUGAUUAAUGUUGAAUGUAUAUUAUUAUAUUUCGAUGGCUCUUGUCAAAACUUCGAUAACAGUUGUCACCUAUGCGAACACGGGCAAACAAUUGGUGCGUUUGACUAGUAGAGACUGUACAGUAAAAAGUCCAAGAAAAAGAUAUAUCCCAAAAUAAAAAUUUAUUUAUCUAUUUCAAAAACACUGAAUCUCAUUAUGUUUAAUUUUCUUUACAAUUAAAGUAAUUUCUGAUACGACCACACGUCAAUAUUAGCUGACAUUUGAAUUCAUAUUCAUUUUGAUUAAAUGGUCACAUGUUUCAAUAUUAAAUAACUACAUAUCCAUAUUUGCCAGCUGAAAUGUUUUCUCCAAUUGGUCCUGUAAAUCCAGAACCUACUGAUACACAUGUUUACUAUCAAUGUUGUUAAACUCACCUGUUAUGUCCAAACUUACUUUAAUAUAAUAAUCGGCCCUCGCACUGUACGUUUAUAAAGUAAUUCAAAUGGUACAAACACUGUACUUUCUUGUGAAGUUUCUCUGUACGCGAAGAGAACUGGUUCAAUGUACGAUCCAAAUCAUUUGGUCUUUCUUCACAUAUCUUUUUUAACAUAGAUUUUAGACUUCCUUUCAACAAGUAAAUUGCACAUGGCAUGAUAUGGUCGUGUUGUCGUUAAUCUUUUGAUAGAGAAUAUCCUGCUUACUUCUUUAAUGACACCUGAUGUGUGAACUGAUAACCCUGGUCGGUUAAUAUUUCUUUCGGAAAAACUAAAGUGGCGUAUCUAGGGGGUGCGGGGGGUGGCGCACACGCCCCUCAAAAAAUUACUCGCACCCCCUCAGUCGUCUCCACCCCAAAAAAACGGUCAAGUAGUAAAAAAUCACCUAAAAUCACCGUAUCUUGCGAAUUAGCGCCCCUCAACUGUUCAUGAGCACUCCAUUUCAUUUUCGCGCUCCCCCCCUCCCCUCACCCACAUCAACACCUCCAUUUCAACACUUCUAGAUACGCCACGUGAAACCUACUAGAGAAUAAAUGCUAAAUAAAACUUCAGCCACAACUUCUGCUUCAGUUGUUUUCAGGGUAACCUGUUGCGUAUAUCAACACAAGGAUAUAUUUUUGUCCUCUGUCGUUGGCUUAUUGGACAUACAGCAUAUUUUCUUUGGGUUUGUUGAAGUGAUAAGUCAGCGAUGAUUGGCCUAAAAGACUAUGAUAUAUAU